AUGACAAACAGCAUCAACGACGCCGUCUCCACGUUGAUCUUGAUCGGUGAUAAUGAGUAUGUACUACGUACAUCACAAGGUCGAGUGCUGUUCGAUAACUACCGUUGCUUGGAGGCGAGUUUAAAGCAAGAAUUCGUACUCACGCUCGACAGCAGCCACAAGCAUAGAACAUCGUCACCAGAGGACGCAGCCGUCCCCAUCAUUCUUUCUACCCCUUCAACGUCUCGCUUUGAACUAUCAAUCGAUGAUACGACGUUGUCUUCAUUCGAGACCAUGCUGAGCCUCAAUUCGCCGCGGACAUUCGUCAUCAAAUUCAGACCUCCAAAGGUAUCUGAGAGCGACUAUGCCUGGGACAACUUCCAGGACCAGAUCGUUAUUCAUACAAGACUAAGUAAACUUGUGAUCCAUCUUGAGGCCUGGAAGCACGCGUUCGCGUCUGGACACGAGAGCAGUUUACUGUUCCCAGCGUCUCUACCCGAUGUAAAGACUCCGCCGUUUAGGCUCUUUGGCGCAAUCGAGCAAAACACUGGCAACGUUAACGAGCUAUCGAAGCCGAGAACACCACCAAUAGGAAAACUACCGUCGAUUUCACGACCUCCAUCCCGUAAUCGACAGUCAAGUCCCUCAGUGUCACCACGUGGUAACUCGACCAUUUUCUCAUUUGUAAACGCCGUCCCCGUUCCGCUCCCCGUCCUGACUGCAGUUCAGUCCGAGCGCGAGGCUCGAGAGGUGAUUCAGAAACUACGAAGACGGAGAAGUCAUCGUAGCAACACUGAAGUGCUGGUUCAUAGGUCUCCGACUUCAGUCGCAGAUACCACAGCGUUCCCCGAAACGUUAGCUCCUGAUACAAGUACCAAAACCGAUCUCGAAAAAUUCAACAAUCUCAUUGUUGCUGCCAAGGACCAAAUAAUGAAAGAGAAUGAACAGGCAAAGAGCGAACUAGCGUAUUAUCAGCAACUACUACCGAAGCCUCCAUUGCGCGAAUCGCCUGCAGAAAUUCAAUCUACGGUGCGAAGAGCCCGACACAAGUCUGCACCAAAUAAGCGGCCACUUAAAUUGCCAUCACUUGAGCGACCUCCGUCUACAGAAGCAGUCGCUGAUAUGAACUCAUCUGUGAACAACCAAGACAUUACUUUGGAACAAGUAUCGAAACCUCGGAAAUCAUCCGGAAACCAGAAAGGUACGAGGAAUAUCAAGCUGGAGUCUCUUUCUCGAAGACCAGAGCAACAAGAAGCCACAAAGUUACCGGUCAAGUUAAACACCCGCAAAAGCAUAUUUCAUGAUUUUGACAUUCCCGACCCUGAGGUGGAUGAUGCUCCUAUCGUUCCGGAUGAUCUUAGCGGUGUGGCGGCCUUGGAUGCAGAUGAUUAUUAG